AUGUCGAAUGAAACGCGUUAUCUUCCUGCAUGGAUGACAGACUCGGUAAAAGCGAUUUAUUCGUUCCUUUCGUAAUUCCACAAAAGCGAAUUUUAAGUUUCUAUAUACUACCCAUUUGCAAAAUCCUUGUACACGCUUUUUGAUUUUCAGUAGUCUACAAUUUUUUUUAUUACCAACAAAUAAAUCGAUACAACAGUAAUCUAAUUAUCGAAAUUUGUUAUCGCAGUGGUUUUACACAUUACAAUCAUUGCAUAAUACAAUUUGAUUUCCAUAAGAAAUCGUUUUCAUACUUUGUAUUAAUUUACUAAUAUUAUUAAACGUACAACGGCAUUAAAUUACUUUUUUUUUUUUACACCUGAUAUAUUUUGUUACUAUAGUACUGUAAACAAGUACAAAAACCAGAAGAAUUCAUCAAGUUUAAUGGGCAUAUUAAAACGUGUACCUUUUCUAAUGAAUUAGCCUCAUAUGCUGAAGAAAUUUUGUAAGUUACACGUUCUAACUUAUAGAAUACCAAUUAUUUGUCUUUCACAUUUGAUAUUUCAUCCAUUUCAUCAUUUAGAGCCAAGAUUGAUUCUAGCAAAUGUUCUGAAAUUGUUUAUGGUUUUGAUAUGGAAUGGCCUGUAACAUUUAAUGGAAAAUCAAGAAAAACUGCUCUUAUACAAAUUUGUACUGACCAUUCCACAUGUUAUUUAUUCCAUGUACGUUUUUUUUUUUUAAAUUCAUUUGUUUAUGAAUUAUAUGAUGCGAUUGUUUAAAUUUAUCUGACUUAGGUAUUUUAUAUCAUAAAACUUCCUUCAAUAUUUGUUCAGCUCAUUAAUCAUCCAAAAGUUAGAUGGUCAGGUGUACAUAUUAAAAAGUAAUUUUUGUUUUUUCUUGUAUUUUUUCUUUAAUAAUUAUAAUGAUUUGUAUUUAAUUGUUUUAUAGUGAUUUUACAAAGCUCAGUAAAAAUUUCAAUAUUGAUGUUAGUGGAGCUUUAAGAAAUAUUAUUGAUUUGAGUGCUUAUGCCAACAAAGUUUUGAAUUUUGAUCCAUGUACUUGUUGGAGUAUGGCUACUUUGGUUCAAAAAUUAGUAAGUUUAUUUAUUGACAAUCAAUUUUAAUGUAGUUACCUAGGUAUAUAAUAUGUUAAUAAUUCUUUCAUAGCUGAAGAAGAAUGUAAAUAAAGAUAACAAUAUCCGUUUGGGACAUUGGGAAAGAACAAAUUUAGACUACAAUCAAUGUUUGUAUGCAGCAACUGACGCCUAUGUAAGCAUAAAUUUAUUUGAAUACUAA